AUGGGCGCCAAGACAUCCGAAGACGAAUACAACGGAGGAAAUGGCCAUGGACCACUCUCAUCCAAGCCAUCCUCCGCAGGCGGAGAACCUCGCGGUGCACACUUCGCCCGUGACGGAGACGGUAGUCUCGGCGGUGAAGGAGGCGACGACGACGACGACGACGAUGAUGACGUUGCCGCCGGACCGUUAACAGCUGAUGGUGAAAAGAAGAAGAAAAAGAGAAAGCCAAAGAAGAAGAAGAAAACUGUUACGCAGCAAUCUUCCCCGCCUAGGGUUCCCCUGAGCGACCUCUUUGCAAAGAAAGAUUAUCCCGUCGGUGAAAUCCAAGCUUAUGCAGAUGACUUCAACACCGCCCGUACAACAGGUGAAGAAAUCCGCGCCAAGAGCCGUCGUCAACUUGAAGAUCCCACGUUCUUGAACGAUUAUCGCAAAGCGGCUGAAGUCCACCGUCAAGUCCGACAAUGGACGCAGGAAAACGUCAAGCCGGGCCACACACUCCUCGAGAUCGCUAAUGGCAUCGAAGACGGUGUUCGUGCACUUUUGGGAAAUCAGGGUAUCGAACCUGGUGAGAACAUCAAGUCUGGCAUGGGUUUUCCCACAGGUCUUUGUCUAAACCAUGAAACUGCGCAUUAUACGCCUAAUCCGGGUCAAAAGGAUGUUGUUCUCAAGUAUGAGGAUGUCAUGAAGGUUGAUUUUGGCGUGCAGAUUAAUGGAUGGAUUGUCGAUAGUGCGUUCACUAUGUCUUUUGAUCCUGUUUAUGAUAAUCUUUUGGCGGCGGUUAAGGAUGCUACGAACAGUGGUAUCAAGGCCUCCGGUAUUGAUGUUCGUAUCUGUGACGUCAGCGCCGCCAUCCAAGAAGCCAUGGAAAGCUACGAAGUCGAAAUCAACGGGAAAACAUACCCCGUCAAACCCGUCCGCAACAUUUCAGCGCAUAACAUCCAUCACUACCAAAUCCACGGUGGAAAGUCGAUUCCGUUUAUCAAGAAUCGGGAUCAGACUAAGAUGGAGGAGGGUGAGGUUUUUGCGAUUGAGACGUUUGGAACGACUGGUACUGGAAAGCUACAUGAUGAUGUUGGCAUCUACGGCUACGGUCUUCAACACGAUGCUCCAAAGCAAGUCAAACUCCCUUUUGCGACAGCGAAUAAACUCCACAAGGUUAUCCGCGAGCAAUUCGGUACCAUUGUGUUUUGCCGUCGUUAUCUUGACCGUCUUGGUCUCGAUCGAUAUCUGGCUGGUCUAAACUCUCUGGUUUCGCAUGGAAUUCUCGAAGCGUAUGAACCGCUCGCUGAUAUCAAGGGUUCUUACUCUGCGCAGUUUGAGCAUACGAUUCUGCUUCGGGAGGGGAGUAAGGAGGUUAUUAGUCGUGGAAGUGACUACUAA